AUGACAAUCGCGGUCCUGACGACCACCACGACCAAAACAAAGCGUCGCGAACCGCUGGGGACGAUUACAAUGGCCGCCCCAAAGACACAAUCGCGCUCUGCGACAUCUAGCGGAACUGGCAAAAGUACUGGACGACGGACAACGCGACUUAGCGCGAGCCAACAAGGGCUAGAGGAGAUUACGCACAAACGCAAACCUGAUUACGAGCAGGAUGAGGAUGGGUUCGAGUUCUCUCGUGUGCCUUCAAAAAAGGCCAGACCUUCAAUUGAGGCGAUUCCUGAAAACCCCGGGUCCGAUGCGGAAAAUGUGCACAAGCCAACACAGAAACGAGGACGACCAAAGAAGAAGCCGGCCAAUGAUAAGAUUUCAAGCUCUAUUCCAGCAAAAACGAAUCCCGUGGAGCUUCCGAACAGGAGACCGACGAGAAGCGGCGAUACUGAUGCCCAGCCGGAAGCCCCAGCGCAAAUAUCCCGCUCACGGGCCCGCGAGAGCUCGGAGGGUAUGCCCGAGGCGAAGAAAUCGAGGAAAGGACGGCCACCCAAAGCCAAAGCGCCUGAGCCUAAUGGAUAUAAGUCACCCGAGCAACCGCCAGCGGGCACGAAGGUGGCACUUCCCGUGGCCGAUACACCUGUGAUUCAGCGCAAUAAGGAGUUACGAGGUGGUAAAGGCAACAAAGGCAAGCGGCGGAGCAGUUUAAGCAUGCGAGGACGAAGAGCCAGCUCUUUAAUUGACUCGGGAGCAUCAAAUGCAUUGCCCCACCGAGAGGUUGGCACGGCAGAUUUCUUCAAGCAUAUUGCCGAUGACGGCCUGCCGGAGCCGCGGAGGAUGCGACAACUCUUGAUCUGGUGUGCUACUCGCGCUAUUGGAGAGAAGCCUAAAGGGGGUUCAGAUCCAGAUGAGCAAAGUGCUCGCUUGGCAGCGCGUCAAAUCCAAGAGGAGGUCCUCCGGGAGUUUUCAAAUAAUUCAGAUCUAUCGAAUUGGUUCAGUCGUGAAGAUCUUAACCCGCCAGCUGUGGUUGUGAAGAAACCGAACCCGCGAAAUGUGCAGAACACAGAAAAGAUUAAGGAACUGGAAGAGCAUAUACAAAAACUACAGAAAGAACGGCAAGCCCUUAACGCGCUUUCUCGGCAGCCAGCAAUUCCAAGUGUCAAACCAGAUUCACAACCCGACCAACAAACGACUAAACAAUCGCGCAAGUCACAACGCGAGGAAGUCGACUCCUCUCUUCUCGAUCCCUCUCAACAAGCAAUCCUCAAAUCCCUCAAUCCACCUACGCAACCGUCAGAAGGAGACUCCUCAACAACAACCAGGCCACCAAUCACACCAUCCGCCAUUUCAGCCCAAUUAUCACGCAUCACAACUAGCCUAGCACCAACGCUAGAUACAUUCGCAGCCGGCAUCCAUGAUAUCGAACUCUAUCGCGCCUCUGCGGACACGGUUUCAUCACGAAUACUUCGCACCUGUGCACAACGUCUCGAAGAGCGCGAUGCUCAAAAUACUCAGCGCCUCCAUACAAUUGAGGGUACAGAAGGCGAGAGCCCACCUCGAUUCAAGCAAGAUCUAGGCCUUAUUCUGGGCGCACUCAGCCGGGUGGAAAGAAGAUAG